UUUGCUGUGUGAUACUUAUAGUCUGAGGAAUCUUGAUUCAAAUUGAUCAAUUGACUCUUUUAAUUCUUUCACUUCUUUUUCUUUCAUAUUUUUUCCAUUAAUAUUCCUGUUUAUUCUAUCCUUUCAAUCUUGUCUUCUUCACUCCAAUCUUUUAAUUCUCUUAUCCAUCAAUUCACUAAACAAAAAAAAUGCAACAAGUCCGAGUUCCUGAUUGUAAUAUUAUUGACCCAGACAAUGUCAUUAUCAACAAUUUAAAUAAUAUCAUUAUUAGUGAUAAUGAAAACCCAAAAAUUAUCAACAACUCUAAUAAUAGUAAUGACAACAUUUUUUUAACUUCUUAUCAUUCAUCUGCUCACCUAACCCCUCUAACAACUGCCUCUUCAAUCACUCUUGAAAGUUAUCAUAGAGACGAUAACGACGAUGACAAUAACUACCAAUCUUAUUAUUGCUAUGAAAACUUUCACAUUGACUCAAAUUACUCAAACAUCUUGGAUCUAAGAGCUAAACAAUUUCACCAUUUUUUCAUCCAGUUUAUAUCUGACUCAAAAUCAAAGGUAUCGAGAUUGAUUCAAAGACAAAGACAAUUGAAUUUCGAAAAACAAUAUAAUAAACAAAUUUAUAAAGAUUUGAAAUUUAUUAAUAAAAUCAAUGACAAAUUUCUUCAUAAACAUGAUCAUUUUUUCAAACAUAAUAAAAAAUACAAAAAUCAUUUAAUUAAUAAAUAUCCUUUUAAUAAUAAUAAUCCCCAGCAUAGCAAUCCCCAGAAUAACAACGUCAUCAGUAAAACAAUUAAAAAUAAUAAUACAAAAUUUUUCAAUUUAAAACAAAUCAAAAACUUGGCCAAUACUUUCAAUAACGAUAAUGACUCAAAUUUAAAUCAACAUUCAAAUAUUUUUGUAAUUUAUAAAUUUUAUACCCUAUCCGAAAACAACUUGUCAAAUGAAAUCUUUGGCAAAUUUAAAAUUUCAAAUAAUCUAAUCUUUUACCCCUUAAGAUACAAACCAGUUUCAAUCUCAAAGACUCCUUCAAUUAGUUUGGAUAAAUCAAAUAAAAAACAAAACCUAUUGGAAAAAAUUAAUAACUGGAAUAUUCAUUCCUUAGGUGUUAACAUCGAUAUCGAAUUAAACAAAAGUUUACCAAUUUCUGAUUUUGAAGAUUAUAAUGAUUAUCAAAUUUUGAGAAUUAUUAAUGAUUUUAAUUUUGCUAAUAACCAAAACGUUUCUGUUUUUCAACUUUAUAAAACAUUGAUCAAUAACGAUGAUAUUGACCUUAAUGUCAAUAAUGUCAAUAAUAUUGAUAAUAUUAAUAACAUUGCUAACAUAGAUAAUAAAAAUGAUAAUAAUAAUAAUGAUGAUGAUAAUGAUAAUAACAACAAUAAUGAUAAUAACAACAAUAAUAAUGAUAAUAAUGACAAAAAUAUCAAAAAUGGCUUAAAAAUUAUUAAAAUUAAUGAUAAAAUUGAAAUCAUUCAAGUCGAUAUUGAUAACAAUGGCAAUAGAUAUAUCUCUGCAAACAAAUAUAAAAAAUUAGACACAUCUAUUUAUUCCAGGAACGUAAAAAGAACCUCACUAAAUGAUAUUAAUCUCUUUUUUGAUGCUAGUUUAGAUGAUAAAGUUGAUAAAGUUGAUGAAGUCAAUGAAGUCAAUGAAGUCGAGGAUGUUGAUGAAGUCGAGAAUGUUAUAAAACUUUAUUCAAAAGAUCAAAGUAGCAUAUCGGAAUCAACAAUGUAUGAUACUGACAAUACUGAUGAUUCAAGUAUUGAUAAUCUUACUCAUUAUGAUGCUCAUUCACUCUUAGUUCAAAACAACAUCCACUCAUUCAAUAACUCAGCAGUUAAUUCAACCUCUCUUCAGGUCCCAAACAAUGAUAAAUUCAAUAGACACAAAUUGCUCAAUCCAAGUAAUGUCAGCAUUAUCAACUCCAACGAUUCAGUUUACUUUUUAUAUUCUGAUAACUUAGUCGACUGGAAUGGAAACUUUGUUCCUCCAGAGUCUCGCUCAAAAUCUUCUAAUAUCCAUGGUUCCUUUAAUAAUUCCACCUGUUCCUUUUGCUAACUAUUUUGGUUUUUUUUCUGCUUCUGUUUAUUCAAUUUUGUUUAUCUUUCUUUAUCUCGGUUUUUCGAAAUACUUUUGGUCUUUCUUUAGGGGGUUUUGUCUGGCUUUUUGUUGUUAAGUGUGCUGCUUCUGCUAGGUAUAUAGAG